AUGGACGCCUCAGUGCCUUUUGAGAAUAGUGGGAAGUGUUGUAAUGACACGGUUUCUUCCAGCAAUAUCCUCUACCAGAUCCUUAACUGUAAAGAGCAGCGGAAGACACGGAUGGUCCACCAGCAUCUCCCUCUUCCCCCUUUGCUUCCAAAGAUUUACUGCCCCUGUGAGGUGAACAGACGAGUCAUCCUGAAAACUCCCAACAUCACCUGCACCAGAGCCUCAGAGGUACUUCUGAAAACUAUCAUGUUUAUAAGGAACCUGCCUUCUUUUUUCCAGUUGCCUCCAGAAGACCAGCUCCUACUGAUGAAACAUAGUUGGGUUCCUCUCUUUGUACUGGGCCUGGCUCAGGACCAAGUGGAUUUUGAACUGGAAGAGCUCUCGGCUCCAAGCUUGUUAAAAAUGAUCCUUCUUAAUCAAUAUGUCACAGAUCACGUGAAAGUGGAGAGCUCUCCUUUGGGAUCUUCAUUUGUGGAAGUUCAGAAGAUAAAGAAUUUCUUGGGAAAAGUUUGGAAAGCAGACAUUUCUGCAACAGAAUAUGCCUACCUCAAAGGAAUUGUCCUUUUUCAUCCUGAUGUCAGGGAUCUUAAAUACCGCCAUUAUGUCCAGACUCUUCAGCAGGAAGCUCAGCAUGCUCUGAUGGAGUGCAUCUCAAUGAUUUAUAGCAGAAGCCUGAGGAGAUACACUUGGAUAAUGGAGUUACUUGGAUUUCUAAGGAGCUUCCAUACAGAUACUGUUCGGGAACUUUUCUUCACACCCCUCUUGGGGAAUAUCAGUUUAAGCAGCUUCCUUCUAGACAUACUUUACAGUAAACAGUAG